AUAGCCAUGUCUUCCAGCUCAGCGAUGGUGCGGAUCCUGAUAAAGGGCGGCAAGGUGGUGAACGACGACUGCACGCAGGAGGCCGACGUCUACAUUGAGAACGGCAUCAUCCAGCAAGUGGGGAAGGAGCUGAUGAUCCCAGGUGGGGCCAAAGUGAUUGACGCCUCGGGCAAACUGGUCCUCCCCGGCGGCAUUGACACCAGCGUCCACCUGGAGGAGAGCUUCAUGAACGCCACCACGGCAGAUGACUACUACAGUGGCACUAAGGCGGCUCUAGCUGGCGGUACAACAAUGGUGAUUGGGCACGUUCUGCCAGAGAAGAACGAGUCUUUGCUGGAAGCCUACGAGAAGUGCCGCAGUUCGGCAGACUCCAAAACCUGCUGUGACUACGCUCUGCACGUGGGAGUUACUUGGUGGGGACCCAAGGUACGAGCUGAGAUGGAGAACCUGGUGAGAGAGAAAGGAGUGAAUUCCUUUCAGAUGUUCAUGGCCUAUAAGGACAUGUUCAUGCUGAGAGACAGCGAGCUUUUCCAGGUCCUGCAGCACUGUAAGGACAUUGGAGCUAUAGCAAGAGUCCAUGCUGAGAAUGGGGAACUGGUGGCAGAGGGUGCAAAGGAAGCACUGGACCUGGGCAUCAGUGGCCCUGAGGGGAUUGAAAUCAGCAGGCCUGAGGAGUUGGAAGCAGAGGCGACCCACAGGGCAAUUACCAUCGCCAACAGGGCCCACUGCCCGAUCUAUCUUGUGAAUGUGUCCAGUAUGGCUGCAGGAGAUGUUGUGGCUACAGCCAAGAUGCAAGGAAAGGUGGUCCACGGCGAAACAGCCACGGCCCACGCUGUGCUGAAUGGUAUGCAGUACUAUCAUCAGGACUGGGCCCAUGCUGCUGCCCAUGUUACCGUGCCUCCUCUCCGCCUGGACCCCAGUACUCCCAAUUUCCUGAUGAGCCUGCUGGGAAAUGACACUCUGAAUGUCGUGGGGUCCGACCACCGUCCAUUCACCAUCAAACAGAAAGCCAUGGGCAAGGAUGAUUUCACAAAGAUCCCCCAUGGGCUCCCUGGCAUUCAGGACCGCAUGAGCGUCAUCUGGGAGAAAGGAGUGAUUGGAGGUAAGAUGGAUGAGAAUCGCUUUGUAGCAGUCACAAGCUCAAAUGCUGCCAAGAUCUACAACCUCUACCCCAGGAAAGGGAGGAUCAUCCCAGGAGCAGAUGCUGAUGUGGUGGUCUGGGACCCCGAGGGAUCCAAGACCAUUUCUGUGGAUAACCAGGUCCAGGGAGGAGACAUAAACCUGUAUGAAGGCCUCCGUUGUCAUGGUGUACCCAUGGUCACCAUAAGCCGUGGCCGUCUGGUCUAUGAAAGUGGCACGUUCACGUGUGCUCAGGGCUCUGGAAAGUUUUGCCCCCUGAGAACCUUCCCAGAUUAUCUUUACAAGAAGAUGGUUCAAAGGGAAAAGGUAUCAGACAGAACUGAAUUUUGUCAGGCGGUGAAAGCAGUGGAGCGGGAGCCGUACACAGGUGAAGUGGUCGCGGUGGUCAACUCAGGAAAGAGGGACUUUGGGGCUUCAGACCUGGACACUCCGACACGCCCCUGCACCAGGCACGGCGGCAUGAGGGACCUCCACGAGUCCAGCUUCAGCCUGUCUGGUGCCCAGAUUGAUGACAACAUUCCAAAGAGAUCCUCGGCCAGGAUCCUCGCUCCUCCUGGAGGGAGAUCCAGUGGGAUCUGGUAACUAAUCAGGCCACCGUUACAUGAAG